CUGUUGAUGUCAAAAAGUUACACAAGCUUGUGGGGUGAGGCUCUACCAAAGGGCGGGUUAACAGUCAACAGGACGUGUACCGGUUUAACCUGUGAGUGGAGCAUUCCCGCUCGACUGGAGCAGAAGCACCAACCAGCCUUCACUCACACUGGGAGAAACAGUUAAUGUCCUCGCCUCUUCUCCCUCUGGAGCACCAAACGCGCCUCGCUGGGGUCCAGCAUUCAGAGAGCAGCUGGGAAAUCACCGAGAUGUUAACGUAGUUGUCUCGCUGUUCCGUCGCGUGUCUGGACCGAAGAGGACCAUAGGAGCUUGUUGAAUUUUUCUUUCUUUUUCGCUCCUCAAACACAAACGGGUAAUCAUGGAGCUGAGCUCCGUGAUCGCGACCACUGCGGGCUCCAUUGGCUUCUUUAGAUUGGUGAACGUGGGGGUCGCUGCGCUCCCCAUGCCCGAGUCCGCGUGCAGGAAUGCGUGGAAAUGGAGAAACAUCUCCACGUCCCUCGUGCACAGUUUCAUCACUGCCAUAUGGGCAGUGUUCUGCUUUUUCCUUCAGCCACAGAUGGCAGAGGACCUGAUAGAAACGUUCUCUGUGUUUUCUCAUGCUUUGGUGUCCUUUUCAAUCGGUUACUUCAUCCAUGACUUUUUUGACAUGGUGUUCAACCAGAAGCUCAGUCAGUCUUGGGAGCUGCUCUUCCAUCACAUCGUGGUGAUCACCUGUUUCGGCCUCUCUGUGCUCUCCAGUUGUUACGUGGGCUUUGCCGUGGUGGCCUUGCUGGUGGAGAUCAACUCCGUGUUCCUUCACCUAAGACAGAAUCUGCGCAUGGCCAACAUGGCCGUCGGCACGUUCUACCGCGUCAACAGCAUGAUCAACCUGGGAACGUACGUGAUAUUCCGCAUUAACACGCUGGCCUGGAUGACCCGCUGGCUGGUGCUCAACAGGGACAAGGUGCCUCUGCUGGCGUACACGCUGGGCAGCGUGGGAAUGGCCAUCAUGACGGCCAUGAACAUCGUCCUGUUCUGUCGGCUGCUUAGAAGCGACUUUUUAAAGAGCACCAAGCGGGAGGCCAAGAAGGAGAAGGAUAUGUAGGUCUGAUCAACUCAGAGGUCUUUUUUUUCCCCUCCAUGAAUGAAACAACUUCCUGUCAGCUACACUUUGGGUGUUUGUGUGUGUGUGAAACCCAACAAGGCCUUUUGUUAAGGACACCAAAUGCCUUAUUAUCCCUCUGGGAUGUAGCUUAUGACAAAAACCCUUCACCCAUUUACAUGGCAAUCUGGAACUAAUCAACUAUGUCAUUUAAUCAUUUUAUUUAUAUUAUAUAUCCAUAUCUAGAUAUAAAAGUCACGGAGGCUUUUAUUUUAUUCACUACUGGGUUAACAUAAAUCGGUCCUUCAGCGCUUGCUCUGUAGAAGUGAACCGCUUUCACCAAACCCCCUCAACUAAAACCUGCUACCUCAGAAAGCUCCUUCUUCACACUCACCAAAGUGCAUUAGUUGGCUGAGAAAAUCAGAAAUUAAGAAAAAAUUUUAAUAAACAGCAAACGUGAUGAAGAUAAAAACUGUGUUUAAAUAAAGUCGAACGAAUGUUCAUUUAAAUUUGACGUUGAUGCAUAGAGGAGUUGAUGCUUGGAGAAGUAGGGCAAUUUUUCUGAGUUGUGUUAAUUGUUUCAGAAAAAAUGUUUCAGAAAAAAAGUUUCUUAUUAUCAUGGGCUCCUGAAGUUUUCUCAGAUUUUUCAGGCGCAUCAGCGUCGACUGUCUCAGGAACAUCUUCAUCGUCAUCAUCAACCGUGUCAAUGGAAGAUUCUCGACAGAGCUGCUAUUUUUGGAGUUAGUUAUGCGAGCUGAACGGCGUGAGACACGGCAAACCGAUUCCCGUGUCAUGUUGUGCCCGAGACCGGCGAGUGAGUGGAGUACGGAGCUCCGCCUGGAGUCAGUUAGUACAAUCUUGAUUGCUGUAUCGCCCUGAGAGGCCUUGGGCCAUACAGCUAACUCUGCAGACAAGCACUCCUCCCUGGAGAUGCUGACAACUAUCUCAGAUGUUGGAAUCUGAUUGGGAGGCGACUCAGUGCUGCAAGUUCCAUCAAGUGUGACUUCAGCAUCAUUCACCUUGCUACUUUUGUCUACUUCCUCCUCCUCUAUCCACUCUGGCUCAGUUUUACUGCCAUUGCAGGAUGUCUGGCUCUCAAGAGCCACCUCCAGCUUUGUCUGCUAGUUUCUGCAGGUAGCGCGUUUCGAACACCUCGAUACUCCAACGUCGUUUAGAGGGAACAAUAACUGCUGAAAUUGUGAGUGCAUCUCUUUAAUGUCGGCCCGGCCGGAGUCCAGAUGGGCAACGCAUGCUUAAUAAUAACUUAAUCUGUAGCAGGCUUCAAAUAAAUGACGAGUUCAGUUAUCACACAACACAGUUGUUCUUCUUAAAUUUGCUCAAAACUUGUGAAAUUGGAGGAAAAGACAUAUAUAAAUUUGUAUCAUCAUAAUUAUUUUAUACCAUAAAUGGCUUUCAGAGUUUUGACAAGCAGGAAGUGCUGUUCUUCAUCUAACCACUAGAGGGAAGCCCGUUCCUUAAGGCUGACCCUACAGAUGCUUUUUUUUUUAAAUUACAAGUCUGCCAUCCUGCCUGAAAUUUAAAGGAUGCUAAUUCAUCUGAAAAUGAACAGAUGUGAGAAAACAGCAAAGUGAGGCUGCUGCCUUCUCGUCCAACUCCACAGAGCUAAACCAGAGUCAUAUGUUUAAUAAAAGAAAUUAAAACUGAAAAUCUAGUUAUGAAAAAAAAGUGAAGCUAAAGUUUUUUUGAUUGGAUUUUGCCUUUACUUUGAAAUGGUCAUGACAAUUGCAAAGGUGUUUUAUUCUGUAUAUCAAACCUUUGAUCCUGAUAAUUUUUCCACAUCUCUCAUCUGAAGCCCCGCCCCCUCACAUCAAGUCAGGGUCGGACGUUUGAGACAGAAUUAUAGGAAUGAGAAUGUUUUUUUUUAGAUCCAAAAGAGGAAAAAAAUGUUAAACUGAUCAAAAGGUUUUGAACUUGGACUCAUUUGAACCAUUUUUCUGAUCAUUUAAACACAAAUUUAAUCUAAACAAAAAUAGCUUCACUUUUUUCUUUUGUAUCCUUUUUUUCCCUUUAAAAGUUAAAGAUCAGAACUAAAUUUUCAGCUUAAGUUUUUUCAAAUAUAACUCCUUUUGAUGCCGAUUUGGCUCCAUAUUAAUAAUCACUUAAUAUUUCAGACACGUGUAGAAAUUUUCGAUCUCGUUAGUGUUUGGGGAGGAAAACAAACAUGGUUUAUAUUGUGUAAAAUUAGUAUUUAGUUAAUCCUGAAUGUUUAUAAUUUUUUUGUACUAAGAGCAGAUUAUUACAUGGACUCUAAAACGUUCAGCUAUAAUUAAACAUUAUGGAAUGUGUUAUUAAUUUAAUUUUGAACACUUUGGAUUUCCACAUCAAUAUUCUCUGAGUUUUACUGUUGUGAAAUGGUGUUCAUUGUUCUGAAGACAGUUUGGAUUUUGAAGGCAACUCUAACUACAAACACAGAAAGGCGUUUAGGUGAAAGCACUUCAGUCUGAUGAAGGAUAAUGUUCUGCAGCAGCUUCUGAUAAUCACCAACAGCGUGGCACUAAAGUAAAACUAAAACACGGUAAAUAGUUAAAAAAUGUAUUUCUGUGGUGAAUGUCAGUGUUUGCUGUGUGGUUGUAGUGAAGAUCAUUAGUGAUAAUUGAAGUUUUCACAGAGAUUCCAGCGGUGAUCGUGUAGAUUUGCUUUAAUGAACUUGGGUUAAACCUUUGAGUUAACAUGUAAUUAUACCAUAACUGUUUGACUUAAACCAGAAAUAAGCAGUCAACACCCGUCAGUUUAUUUCCUCAUUUUCAUUUACAAAGUGCGAUUCCCAGGAUUUGUGGCUGAUGAUUUUAGGACUAACGCUUCAUUUCCUCCUUACGCACAAUAAAUGACUGGAUUUGUUCUUGGUUUUAUUUAUUUAAGAACUUGAUGGGACUUUUUUUAUUCUCCACAGCCAGAAAGUCUUUUGUAAACACUGUUGAAACGGUUCGUCUUUUCUAUUAUGAUCCUUUUUUAGGAGACGUCUGAAAUAUUGAAGCCGUUUCUGACCAUCUGAUUCAGGUCAUGUGCUUCAUGUCAUCACACUUAAAUGUAACGUGGAGAAAAUAUUGUUUGUUUUAUUGUUCAGACAUUUUUUUAUAAUUGAAUUUCCUGUGAAAAGGUUGAUUGUAACAAUAAAGAUGAAAGAAAUAAAA